AUGGCUCCUUCAAGAGCUGGACGGCGCAAGAAGGACUAUGACGUGGUCCUUCAAGGAAGUUCUGUGGAGAAGGUUUCUUCAGAAAUUGUCACACAACUAGCGGCAAAAGGCUUCUGCACAAUCGAUCCCAGACUUGAUGAAGAGAUCCUACGCCAAGCUCGUGAGGACAUCAAUGAUCUGGAUGCUCAGGGGAUACUGAGGCAGCCGCCAGCCAUGGUUCAUGACGGUCUUCUCGGCGAAGAGGGCUCCUCUCUCAUAGCCGAUUUCUUGCAGGACGGUUUGACGGACGACAAGAAGGUCCGUCACUUGCACGCUCUGGACAAAGCCAUGGCUGAGCUGGUGAAUGUCUUGCAGCUGUCCAUCCACGACCUUGGCUGCGGCAAUUUGAGCAGGACUCACCCUAUUCUGCAUGAGACUGGACUUGCACCGGAGCAUGCGCCCGAGCCCACGGAGCACGAAGCCAGCUACUGGCUGGGAGUCUUGGGCCAGAAGAAGCUGAUGGUCAUGCUCUGUCUUGGCCCUGUCCGAGGGACCUUGGAGCUACAGCCAUACGAUGAAGAUGCUGAAGCACACGAGAUCUCGACCGUGCCAGGAAGUGUCAUAAUUCUUCGAGCUGAUGGUAUGUGGCAUCGGCACUGCGCACAUUCAAAAGCGCACAUCUUGAGCUGCUUUCUGGUCGGGCAAGAUUCCGGAGGCACGAAGCGGACGGGGCAGCCUUCCUGGGUGCCUCCAUGUGCCCGUGGUUUGGAGCAGUGGACUGUGGAGCGGAUGAGGUAUUUGAAGGAAGUCCAGUCAAAGGCACCGAAGGAGAAGCUAGACCUACCGGCUGGCUGGCUGACGGCCAUGAACCACAUGUUUCACACCGCACAGCGUGUUGCUGUAAGAUCUAUUGCUGCGAGAUACGCCAGCACAUGGGAUGUGCAAUCCUGGUACAUGGCGCAAACCGCCGGCCCCGACUUUGUUUCGGAAGUACCGCUGACAAGGUGGGACGUGAAUCUGUAUUACGAUGCCGACGUUGAGAACUGGCGAGCGUACAAGACUAUCUCUCGACACGGGUCUUUCGUGGAUGGAACAGAAUAUUUUGACAACAAGUUCUUUGGCCUGUCACCGAUGGAAGCAAAGGGAAUGGAUCCCCACCAGCGUGUGGUCCUGGAGGUUGGUUACGAGGCUUGUCAUGGAGCCGGCUACAGCAAGGGGAAGCUGAUGAACAAGAUCGGGGGUGUUUAUUUGGGGAGCAGCUCGACAAUUUUUGGCAUGGUGUCAGAAGUCAGUGGAGCAACUGGUGGUGCUGCGAGCAUCAACUCGAAUCGCUUCAGUUUCUGUUUGGGCCUCAAGGGCCCCAGUAUGACCUGCGAUACGGACGGCUCAUCGUCCCUGACUGCAAUUCACCUCGGCGGCGAAGCAGUCCUUCAAAAGGGCCAUGGUGUUAGCAACGAGUUCUCCUUAGCAGGAGGAGUUGCAUUUCAACUCGGGCCGCUGUGGCUGCCGCAAAUGCAAGCUGCCGGGCUGCUGGCAGGCAUCGGUCGGUGCUUCACCUGGGAUGCAAGUGCACAAGGAUACACUCUUGGCGAUGGGUGCGGCUUCGCUGUGCAAAAGCGCAUGGCCGAGUGGGUGGAUGGAAAGCAAGUUUACAUCGAAGGGGAGCCCCUCGUUGGAAGCAUUUGCGGAAGCUCUUGCGGGAGCGUGGGGAUGGCAGCAGCGAUGCAUGCCCCGCACGGACCGUCAGAGCAGGAGAACAUUGCACAAGCGCUGCAGACAGCAAUGCUAGAUGCGCUGAACAUUGAUGCCGUGGAAUGCAAUGGUCAGGGAGCUUUGCUUCGAGAUGCUGUCGAAGUCGACUCACUGUUACGUGUGCUGCGCGGCGAUGAUGUUCAGGCUCCGCUGACGCUCACGUCAGUGAAGAGCCGCAUGGGCUUCGCGACAGAAUGUGCCGGCAUUGCCGCCUUGCAUCGUCUUCUGUUGUCUGCUGUUUGGGGCGUCAUUUCUCCAAACAACCAUCUCCAGCAACUGAAUCCUCAUCUGGAGUUCGAGAACAAAGCCGGAAUGCUGACAGAGCCGCAGGAAACAGCGCUGCGCAGUACAUAUAUGGGCGUGUCGGCUCAUGGUUUCGGUGGCACGCAGGUCCACGUAAUUUCCUAUGGCCACAGUCAACAAAUCAGGACGGCUCCACAGCCGGAGCGCAAUCGCAACGUUUUCAACUUCUGGCCCGGUGGCGGAGGUGAACUUGAAGAGGAGCAACAACCAUUGCGCGGCUAUUUCAUUGCCGGAACUUGGACAAAGUGGAGGGCCAUCAAAAUGGAGAAUGAAGGUGAUGAGACCUAUGGGUACACUCUGGUCCUUGGAGAGAAUCGCUGGGAAGAGUUUCAAAUUCUCCUUGAUGGCGAUGAAAGAAGGAGGCUUCAUCCAGCGAGACCUCUAGCUUCAAAGGGUUUGGUCGUCCAUGGGCCAUCUGCAAAGGCCCGUGGGUUGAACUGGAGGAUAGAAGGUCGCGGUCGAUGGGUGGACGUGCCGACAGAUGCCGCUGCCGCUGUUGUGCUCGGUGAUGCUGAGAAGACUUCCAAAGCAAUCCAAGCAAUUACCAACAGUCUGUCUGACGGGUCAAAGCAAGCGGGUGAGCUCCAACUGAUGGAAGUCGGAAGUGGCGAUGUCGGGAUGCCUGGGGAUAAGUAUCGUAUCCGGCUUCGGAUUGCUGGAAAAUACAGAACGGUUCUGUGGGACAAGCUUCCGACGGAAGACUAUGAUACAGCAGCGGAUGCUCCCGAGGGUGACUACCACAUCGUCGGGAGUUGGAAUGGCUGGUCCCCGGACCCUUUGUUUCUUCGAAACGAUGUCUGGUCUACGGAGGUAGAGUUGACAAAGAAAGGAGGCGACUUCCAGAUAUUGCGGAAUGAGGACUGGGGUCAGAUGAUCGCUCCGCCUUGCGAAAAGGCAAGUCCUUCCGAUGCUGGUCAAGGACCGGAUCGCUGCGGCCGAUUCCGGGGCUGUGCUUGGAGUUUAGACGGUCAGCCCGGGGACGUUUUCCGGAUAUCGUUCAAGCGCCAGUUGAUCAAGGAUUCCUCGGGUAGGCUGGACGACGUAAAGCAGGUGUCCUGGGAGAAGUUGCGGGAGGCUGGCCCUUCCGAGACGCUGUCUCUCAAACAUCAAAGCGGCACUCUUGGGGUCAUUGGUUCGUGGAAUGGGUUUGGCAGAGUGCACAAGAUGCACGCAGAAUUUAUGGAUGGACAAGUUGCAUAUGUCUUCUACUUUGAGCUUGGUCAAAGCGGUGCUGAAGGUUUUCAGUUCGUCAACGAUUGCGAUUUGACGAGAGUUAUCCAUCCCGACCGUCUGGUGGCUCAAUCAGGCGCUGUGCACAGGGCCAUGGUGUCCUCGUUUGGCCACAUUGACCAGGACAAAGUUUGGGCAGCCGGCUUGGACGGCGGUUCGCCUGGCGACGUCUUCAAAGUCGACGUCCUGGCAGUAGGUGACGUCGUCACCCGCGUUAGCUGGAGUCAGGUGAGCGAUGGUGCUGUACCAAAGGACCGCGAGAUCUGUGGGCCGCUGUGA